GGUGGAGGACCAUUGAAAAUCCUGCUGGGUAGCUCCCGGGUCGUUCUGAAGCUCCUUUUAAAAAUCCUUCUUCAAUGCUGCCUCCCGGUAGAUGGCAGCUCCGCCGGGCGCGGAGGCAGCGCGGAGGCAACGCGGACGGAUGGAGUAGGGCGGGCCGGGGCGCCGCGCCGCGCCCGUUCCCCACGCGUGUCCCCGCUCCCACCGCGGGCGGAGAGGCUUCGCCGCCGCCCCAGGUUGAUGUCGCCAUGCAGCACUAUGGGGUGAACGGAUACUCCCUGCAUGCCAUGAACUCACUGAGCGCCAUGUACAACCUGCACCAGCAGGCAGCCCAGCAAGCACAGCACGCGCCCGACUACCGGCCCUCAGUGCACGCCCUCACCCUGGCGGAGAGACUGGCUGACAUCAUUUUGGAGGCACGUUAUGGAUCCCAGCACCGCAAACAAAGGCGAAGUCGCACGGCCUUCACUGCCCAACAGCUGGAGGCACUGGAGAAGACCUUCCAGAAGACACACUAUCCAGAUGUAGUGAUGAGAGAGCGGCUGGCUAUGUGCACAAAUCUGCCUGAAGCCAGGGUCCAGGUUUGGUUCAAGAACCGAAGGGCCAAAUUCCGGAAGAAGCAGCGUAGCCUCCAGAAGGAGCAGCUGCAGAAGCAGAAGGACUGUGAAAGCAGCCACAGUGAGGGGAAGACGGAACCACCUGUGCUGGAGACCCAGUCCACAAUACCUGACACUGAGAAGACUCAGAGCAUCCCAAGUGAGGUGAGCACAGACCUCAACCUAACCCUGUCGGAGCAGUCAGCCAGUGAAUCAGCGCCUGAGGACCAGACUGACAGAGAGGAGGAGUUUAAGAGCACCUUGGAUGAGGCUAAAGUGGACAAGAGUCCUGGUGUGGACGGCAAGGCUUUGAACUGCAAGAGAGCGAGCCCAAAAUCAGAGUCUCCCAUCAGCGCGACCGUGACUCCUUCAUCUAGCAGUGGCCUGGCUCAAACUCACUCCUACUCCUCCUCACCCCUGAGCCUCUUCCGCCUGCAGGAGCAAUUCCGCCAGCACAUGGCAGCUACCAACAACUUGGUCCAUUACUCCUCCUUCGAAAUGGGGACACCGUCUGCCAUGCCCUACUUGGGCAUGAAUGUCAACAUGGCGCCUCUGAGCUCCCUGCACUGUCAGUCGUACUACCAAUCUCUCUCCCACGCUCAGCAGGUCUGGUCCUCACCCAUCCUGCAGGCCUCCAGCUCUCUUCCAAGCCUGAACAGUAAAACAACAAGUAUUGAGAACCUAAGGCUCCGGGCAAAGCAGCAUGCAGCAUCCCUUGGGCUUGACACCCUACCCAACUGACUGCCAGAUGGGCAACCGUUGCCCAUAAGAAGAUGCACCGGAGGUCAGCACCAGACAUGUCACUCCUGGAACCCCUUCCACCCUCAUCUCUUCCUGGAGUAAGGUGCUCCCUAUCAGGGAAAACUUUGCAUUAACUAAUGUCUUACUAGCACCGCAAUUGCAUCAGACACUGCUACUGGCUUGGUCUUCUUUAAAUAUUUGAGGAGGAAGAGGGAGAGGAUGUGUGUUUAGACAGAUGAACUGUCCCUUUGGACUGCUGUGAGUUAAGCCUGUAACAUUCAGAAAGAGCUCCCUCACCUCAUCCCUGCGAUAAUGUGCCAACCGUGUUAUAUACACCCUUUUUUGUUGUCGAUGCAUUCUUUGGGAAAACAAAGAGUCCUGCUUUGUCUUGUACAUAGUUUACAAUGUUGAAAGCAUCCACCGCCCGUGUGUUACUGUCAGUGUUACAGAACUGUGGCCUCUUUUGCUUUUAUUCCCCCUUCUCUCUCAGUUUUGGUAGCUAGUCCCAAAGUCACAAAUCAGCCACGCUCCCAACACAGCUAGUUGCUCUUCUUGGGUUCAGAGUCUUAAUGGUGCUUAGAGCAAAGAAAAACCAUUAUGCAAUUCACUGCUCCACUUCUCUCUUCUCUGCUAAAGCUGAUAUUAUAACGGCCAGGAAAUGAUGCAACAGUGAAUUUCCUGUUUAAGCACUUCCAAAAAGGCAAGUGUUUUUUCCUUUACUUUCUAAUAGCACUUGUUCACAGACAGAGGACAAAAUGCUGGCCAAAUGCUGCUGGCUGGGGAGAAAAAUGAAAGCCAAAUUCACAUGGUUACUUUUGACUUGAUUGUUUCCUCUUUGGUCUUCAGUGAAGUGUAAACUCCCCCAUUUACAAAUUAUGGGGUUUUCUUUUUGGAGAGCAUUUUGGUCUAGCUUCGACAAUAGAGAACAAUAAAAACUUGGUAUGAACUCCCACUGUGUUCAUACACCAUGAAUUAUAUGGUUCCUUGACAAAACCACGAUUAAUGCAAGCUGUUCUUAGAAAAACGCUCCGAUCACCAAAUUCUACCCUCAAGCUGUGCAGCUUCAGACCCUGCUUAGCAAGUGAGAAUGUAACAAGUGAAAAAUGCUGCAAUGCUGGAGGCCAAGCGGGGUGAUAAUCGGGGGCUUUCUAUUCCCUGCAGCGAGGAGUAGAUUGGCUUGCCAAAAGUACCAUGUCCCCAAGCAACCAAAACUCACCAACUGCAAAGUGAUUUCAGUCCACAGUUUUGGCCUCAUUUCUCUGGAAUGACCCUUCAUUUUAGUAAUCCACCCAGAGUGUUUUUCCUUCUUGAGAAGCGACUUUUCUACCAACCCAAAGGACUUUUUUAUUUAUCUUCUCCAAACCAAAUAAAUCCUUUGAACUCACCAUACCAAGAAGCAGGGAGGGAGGAAACCCAGAUCUAAUCUAGUAUUGCCUAGGACCAAAAAUGCAGACUGGCUCUGUGGCAGGUGCUAGGUUGGAAUCCAAAGGGUGUCAGGCGGGUCUGCCACUAACACGCAGCAGAGCUGGGCUAAUUCACUGCAGGCCAUCAUCUGGUCCCUGCUCGAUUUAAAGAAGAAAUGGAGAGGCAACGUGUGCAUAGCCUACAUAACUUCUUGCUCCCAUCUUACUUCAUACCAAUGCAGAAGCCGUGGGUUGAGUUACCUCUUUAAACACGAGGGGGAAAGGGUGUUUUCAACUGCAAUAAUGCAUCUUAAAAAAGCAUCUAAAAUCCCUUAAACUGAGGCAUAAGAAUAGCCAAAUGUGGUGGGAAAUGAUGCUUUAUCCCUCUUAAAAUUGGAGCAAGAAAGGGAAGGGCAGCUCAUCGACCGCACAAACUUCCAAGGUAAAUGGAACAUCUUCCCUAAAUAGUUCUGCUCUGCCAAAUGCUUCAGUUUGGGGCUUUCUUUCCUUCCUCAGUUUUCCUGACUUUGUCAGAUCAGGUCCCGUGACCAGCAGAAUUUUAUGCUUUGCCAAAACCAAAUGCAUUUGUGGGAUGUCGAUUUUUGGCUGCCACUUUCAAAGGACUCCAAUGAAAUUAAAACCACCAAAGCACAUUUACUGUCUCCAAGAAGAUCCUUUGAACACCCCAGCUUUCACUUCGGUAGCACUGGGUGCCUGUCACCCAAACCAGGGACAUCAGAACAAAGCUUUCGUUUUUGUCCUCCCCUUCUCCAAAAAGCCAUAAGCCCCUUUUUUGUCACCAGGGCAGAUGCAGCCUUUCCAUGGGAAAAGCUGCUCAUCUGCCUCCAUCUGAUGCAGCCACAUCACAUUUCUUAUGUUGAGAUUAUUAACAGAAAAAAAAAAAAAAAUCCAUAUACCAUUGCCUCACAUCUAUAUAAGCCCACCAAAACAUUUAACGCCAAUUUUUCUUUUAAAUUUUUAUUUCCCUAUGGCCAAAAUUAAGUAAAACUUCCAUAACGAGAGUAAGCUUACGCAUAAUGCAGAAACUGAUUUGGAAGUACAAAAAGCAAGAAUUCAGGCUCCCAGCUUGUACAACUUCUGUAAAGAAUUAUCUGUCAAAACAGACCCUUUCCUGCAAAUUGUUUUAAUGCCUCUGAGAAUUUGGAAAAAAAAAUAGGAAAAAAAAAAAUAUAUAUAUAAAGAGGAACUCCCCAACCAACUCAAGGCUAUAUAUAGUAUAUAGUAUAUACAGUGGAAAGAUUGAGGGGGAUGGUACUGUGUCAUUCCUCUUCACAUUUUAAAAGCCUGAAAACGUUAUUGAGUGAAAAGGACAGAUGCAAACCUCCCCCGACUGCUGAUGGUGAAGGUGAGGUCUGCUCGUUCCCUGUCCUUUCCGAGCUAUUUGGGAAAGUGAAUCUGUUGAUGGAGUCUCAGAAACAGAACAGAAAGAGGAUUCCCUCCCCUUGCUGUCCCUGAAGAGAUCUGAUCCACUUCCUUUCCUUGGUGAACCAGCCAUGGCUUCAGCCCUUGCUUAUUGAAUUUGUAAGGGUUUUAGCUACGGUCCAUGCAGCAUAAUGGCCCAUGAGAAAACAAGUCAUGAUAUUCAGGGUAAGAGUUUGCAGCAAAAUUUCUCCUGCUCUGCAAGAGAAGUCUGAUAUGUAUUAAUAAAAUGAAAGAGGCAUUCAAAUGGUGCAGUAGAAAUACCAGUAAUGAUGCUGGGAGGAAGAAAAAAAUCUGCUUUUUUUUUUCCUUUUAUACAUUAUUUUUCUUUUCACAUCAGACAAGUGGAAAUAUCCUUUAUGUUUUACCCUUUAUCCUUUGUUCCCAUAUGGGAACAAUGGGCAACGCAAGUUUUUCCUCCACUUCCCCCGUCAAAAAUCAUCAUUUAAUGUGCAGGUAAUACAAAAAUGCUCCCAAACAUAAAAAUAAGCCUCAACAAAUGGACCACUCCCUGCACCUCUUUUCUCACUGAGGCAUUUCGUAACAAGGAAUUCUAGCAGCUCCAGAUCUCUGUUCCCAUUGCAGCCAGCCAAGGGCAGAUGGACACAGAGGGAACUGGAUCUGUUUUUGUCCCAUGUGCCACGCAUGGUUAUUUCCAUUAGCAUGACAACUUACAGCAACUUCAGGGCACUUCUGAAGAGUUCACACGAAAAGGAUUAAACAAACCUCUGCAGAGAAGAAACGUGAAUUCAAAUCUACCAUAUUCUAUUAGUUUAAUUACAGUAGCUACGAAACAUAACUCAAUUAGGCUUAAAAAAAUUCAAUUACAGAAAUUUCCUGCUGGUUUUUACAAGCUGUGUUGAUUUUUCUAUCCCUCCUUCCUUAAUCCUCCAUGUACCCCUUGCUGAUUUUUUACGAUCUGUCCCAGAGCAAUGCAAUACACCUCCUGUGUUUACUGUUGAGCGAAAAAAAGCUAUUUCUCUAAGUAGAUCUGCUUUCAAUCCAAACUUGUGAUAGUAGGAUAGGAAGAGAUUGUUGCAAUGAGGAAAAAAAGAAUAUCCAGCAAAGCGCAAACGAACAAACAAAAUCUGUGUGUGGAUUCUCACCAUGUCCCAAAUCAUUAAACAUCCUUUGCUUUCCAGACCUCUCAGAUGCACUGUUUCAUCCCCAGCUAUGACGACAGUGAUGGUCACGUUGUCCCCUGGUUUCUAGAGCUGCCUGAGGAAGGGAUAUACAAGCCAAGCUGCCAGUGUCACCUCUUCCAUAAAUGGAUGCCUCUCUUUGAUGAGGGCUCUGAUUAAUGCCAACACUGAUUGUGCCACUGGGACCUGUGAGUUCAGAUAUGUCCCAGGUCAUGAAAUCUUUCUCGUUUCAGAAGAACCUACCAAGGAGCUGCAGAUGCUUUUUCCCUGGAGGUGUUGAAGGCCAGGUUGGAUGGGACUCAGGGCAGUCUCAUCUGGUGCCUGCUUUAGUGGUUGGCAUUCCUGUUCAGGGCAAAGGGGUGGAUUUAGAUGAUCUUUGAGGUUCCUUUCAACCCAACCCAUUCUAUGAUUCUAUGACUUUAAAGUAAGACCCCAACACUGCUCUGAACUGCUCUGACGCCACGGUGGAGCAAUUGUACUGAUUUCAAACAAAAUUUAGCCCCAGCAUUAAUUUGUAAAGAAUAAAAAAUCUGUCAUAUAGGAACAGAAUCAUAUAAUUUAUUUUUAUUUUUGGAGCAGUCUGGGCCCCAGGCUAAAAGCCUUCUGCAAAAGCUGAGAAAGACACAAACAAAACCCAUAGUGCAUCUGCUGCCCUACAGAUGGCCAAAGCCUUUUUAAACUAUUCUAGUUAUUGAGCAGGUCUAUCUCAUGCUGGAGAAAUUUAGGUGUGUCUGUGCAAAAGAAAACGACUUCUUGGUUUCUUUUCUCAUGCCAGGAGGCAAUCAAUCUUUUUCCAGCUUCUGACCCAAGGUAUACAGUUAGCUCCAAUGUGUAAAUGUGUUUGUGUGUCAAACCUAUCUUGCAAAGGAACAAAGGCUUCUAAAGGAAAACAAAAAGGAAAACAAAGUAAAAUACUGUACAGAUUGCUGUAAAAUUGAGCUGUAGUGUAAGAAUUUGUGCUUUAGAAUUCACUAUCGAGGAACUCAAACUUGUAUCAUAUUUAUUUAUUCUGAUAGGUAAAAGAAGAAGAAGAAAAAAAAAGAGUUUAUAUUCAUUUCAGAAAAGCUGCAGCAUGAUGCUAUGUACCAAUUGUGCCAGUCCUGCUUUCUGUAAAAUUAUUGCCUGUUUUCAUACACCACUAAUAAAAAGGGG